CAUGACAGUAGGAAUUGACUCCAGGGUUUUCGUCACCAGUCAGCGCCGAAAAUUGGACUGAUGACCUUAGCACACAGUCCAAGCCAGUCAGUCCGUCAGUCCCCGGCGAAUUAAAACGCUUCAGCUUCCACCUAUCGCUUUCCCUGCCGCGGGAGAGAGAAGUCGGGGGUAGGGAUGCUGCUGCCGCCGCCGCCACAGCUCCCUACCCCAAGGCCAUUCCCGCCUCCACGCCACCGCUUCGUAAUCAGAGAAUCUCAUCAUCCCGGGAAUCCAACAGUCACCCCCAAUUCCCAACUCACCGGAAAUCGAAUUCCAAUAUUCCAUCGUUAAUACCCUUUUCCCUCUUUCUUCCUAGCAUAAAGCCUCUGGUCCUCCUUCUCCUGCUUAGGCUUGUACCCACCAACACUAAUAUCAUAUGGAAGCUGUUCCCAUGGACAUUGAUGCUCCUCCUGAUCAUGAUGACCCUUCUCUUCCCUUCGCCAGAAGUUAUCAACUGGAGGCACUCCAAGUGGCGAUCAGGCAGAACACCAUAUCCUUCUUGGAAACUGGGUCUGGCAAAACCCUCGUGGCAAUCAUGCUUCUUCGUCACUAUGCACCCUUUCUGCGAAAGCCUUCUCCUUUCAUCGCCGUGUUCUUGGUUCCUCAAGUCGUUCUGGUCCGGCAGCAAGCUGAGGCUGUUAAAGCCCACGGUGACUUGAAAGUGGGCACUUAUUGGGGUGAGAUGGGAGUGGACUUCUGGGAUGCAGCUAUUUGGAAGCAAGAAAUUGACAAACAUGAGGUACUAGUGAUGACCCCGCAAAUUCUGCUGAAUUGCUUGAGACAUAGCUUUUUCAAACUCGAGUUUAUCAAGGUUUUGAUAUUUGAUGAAUGCCAUCACACUGGUGGUAAGCAUCCUUACGCCUGCAUCAUGACGGAAUUCUAUCACAAGUUGGCCUGCAAAGCUUGUGACCUUCCAAGGAUAUUUGGGAUGACAGCUUCUCUUAUCAAAUCAAAAUGUGGAACAUCCGAAUCAGAGUACUGGGAAAAGAUUAAAAAACUAGAAACAAUAAUGCAUUCAAAGGUUUACACUUGUGUUAGUGAGUCUGCUAUUUCAAAAUACGUACCAAUUUCAACUCCCAAAUUAAGAUUUUAUGAAGCUUUAGAUGUACCGGGUGAUCUAGUUGCUCGCUUACGGUUUGGUCUAAACAACUUGAAAACAAAGCAUGAGAAUUUAUUGACUAAGAUGGAUCUUACUACAACUUCCUUGGAAUCCACGAGGAAAAAACUGACUAGAACUUGUGAGGCAUUGCUAUAUUGUUUAGACGACCUCGGCCUCAUGUUGGCCUCCAAGGCUGCCAAACUCCUGUCUAGUUGUGAUAGUGAUGGUAUGCUAUCGGAUAAACUGGAUGUCUUUGGUGAGCGAGUUGUUAAAAAGUUCAGUGCAGAUGCGUCAAUGGUAUUUAAAAGCUGCAUUUCGACCGAAUGGACCCUUGGUGGAGAUGCAAGAGCUCAUGUCAAGUCUGGAUUUCUAACUUCCAAAGUGGCUUAUCUCAUUCAGUGUCUACUGGACUACAGGAAUUUCAAGGAUAUCAGAUGCAUUGUUUUUGUAGAAAGGGUCAUUACAGCUAUCGUUCUUCAAUCACUAUUGAGUGAAAUUCUUCCUGAACAUGUUAGUUGGAAGACUAUGUACAUAGCAGGUAACAACUCAGGGUUACAAACUCAGACAAGAAAAACACAAAAUGAAAUCGUCGAAGAAUUUCGCAAAGGCAUGGUAAAUAUAAUUGUUGCUACCUCAAUUCUUGAGGAAGGUUUGGAUGUCCAAAGCUGCAACUUAGUGAUUAGAUUUGAUCCCUCUGCUACUGUGAGUAGCUUUAUCCAGUCACGUGGUCGUGCUAGAAUGGAGAACUCGGAUUACGUGCUAAUGCUCAGAAGUGGCGACAUUUCUGGACAAUGCCGCCUAGAGAAGUAUCUUUCUAGUGGAGAGAUAAUGCGAAGUGAGUCACUUCGACAUGCUUCAAAUCCUUGUCCUCCUCUUGGAAGUGAAUUCUACGACGAAGAGAUUUAUCGGGUUGAAAGCACUGGUGCGGUUGUGACUUCCACAUCUAGCAUUUGCUUGAUACACUUCUAUUGCUCUCGACUUCCUUCCGAUGGGUACUUCAAACCAGCUCCCCACUUUGUUAUAGACAAGGAAACAAGCCGUUGCACACUUUACCUUCCAAAAAGUUGCCCACUGCCACUUGUUUCUGUUGAAGGAGACAUUAAGUCACUGAAGCAGAAAGCAUGUUUGCAAGCGUGUAUGAUGCUCCAUAAGAUUGGUUCAUUAACCGAUUAUCUUGUUCCAGAUACCGUUGCAGAAAAAUUGGAUGAUCGAGGACUUGGCGAAGAAUGCUAUGAUGAUGAAUUUCCUGUUUACUUUCCACCGGAGGCUGUGCGUAGCCAUGAGAGCUGCAGUCAGCCUGGAAGCAAAAAAUAUUACUGCUAUUUGAUUAAACUUUGUCCCCAAUAUGAAAGUCGGACUGCUGUGCAGGAUAUUGUCCUUGUCAUGUGCAGUGAACUUGAGACGGAGAUUGUAAAUUCAAAUUUCAAUUUAGAAGAUGUUAGAGGUUCACUGAAAGCUACCUUGAGCUACAUGGGAUUUCUGGAUCUUACACCAAUGCUGGUUAAUCUGUGCAGGAUGUUCCAGAUCACUGUUUGUAAUGUUCUUAUACAUCAUAGCUUGGAUAAGCUGAAAGGAAAAAUCCAAGCAUUGAAGCAUUGUGAUCAUCUGGAUUAUUUUGUGCUACCAGCUACUGCUUCAGCACAAAAAGCCAGCAUCGAUUGGACAUGUGUUAGAUCUGUACUGUUUUCAUAUAAACAGGCAUGGGAGGAUCAUAAGAAGUACCCAUUGCAGUGCAAUGGUGCUGGUGUGAUUGUAACGACAAAGGACGGACCAGCAUGCAAAUGCAUGCUUCAGAAUUCAUUGGUUUACACCCCUCAUAACAGAAAACUGUAUUCUACACUUGGUAUAUCGGAUAAAUUGUCUGGAAAUUCCUUCUUGAGCAUGCAUGAUGGAGCAAGUGUCACUUACAAGGACUACUAUAAAUUCCGGCAUGGCAUUAAGUUAGACUCUAGCCACCAGCCAUUACUACAUGCAAGGCAGAUAUUUCCAGUCCAUAAUUGCCUUCUUAGAUGUAAACAACAACGAAAAGAAAAAGGUCCUGCUUCUUUGACCAUUUCCCACUGUUUACGGCAGUAUAAUGCGUUAAGAGGGAUACGUAGGUCUUAUCUAAUUUCAAUCCCUCAUAUUCCUGUACUAUCUGUUUGCAGAAUCAGGAAAUGCCUAUGUAGACCUGCCCCCUGAGCUAUGUUGCAUACUUAUGUCGCCAAUAUCUAUUAGUACCUUUUAUUCCUUCACAUUCAUUCCAUCAAUUAUGCAUCGUCUCGAGUCUUUGUUGAUUGCUUUUAACUUGAAGAAGAUGCAUUUGCAUAGCGGACAUAAUGUUGAUGUUCCGUUAGAGAAGGUUCUGGAAGCAAUUACUACGAAGCAAUGCCAGGAGAAAUUUCACUUGGAAUCAUUAGAGACUCUUGGAGAUUCUUUUCUCAAGUAUGCUGCCUGUCAGCAAUUGUUCAAGACCUACCACAGUCACCAUGAGGGCCUUCUGAGUAUCAAGAAGGACAAAAUUGUGUCUAAUGCCUCGCUUUUCAAGCUAGGAUAUGACAUCAAACUUCCGGGGUUUAUUCGCGAUGCACCUUUUGAUCCUAAAACGUGGAUGAUUCCUGGUUUCAAUAAGGACGAGUACUCUUUAGGCGAAGAGGUACUACCGAAUGCUAGAAAAGUUUUCGUGUCGGGAACGAGGAAGUUGAAAAGUAAGAGAGUGGCGGAUGUUGUGGAGGCCCUUAUUGGCGCUUACUUGAGUACAGGUGGUGAAACAGCAAGCUUACUGUUUAUGGACUGGAUUGGUAUAAAGGUAGAGUUCAACAAUAGUGUUACAAGUGAGAGGCAAUUACAGGUGGAUCCUGAGAAGCUUGUAAAUAUACGUCAUUUGGAGUCUCUAUUGAACUAUUCCUUCAAUGACCGAUCGCUUCUUGUGGAAGCAUUGACUCAUGGUUCCUACAUGCUUCCUGAGAUCCCAAGAUGUUACCAGAGGCUGGAAUUCCUUGGCGACUCGGUCUUGGACUAUCUCAUCACCGUGCAUUUAUACAAGAAGUAUCCUGAUAUUUCGCCAGGCUUAUUGACAGACAUGAGAUCAGCUUCCGUGAACAAUGAAUGUUAUGCUCAAUCAGCUAUUAAGAACGGGUUGCAUAAGCACAUACUCCAUGCAUCACAGAGACUCCACAAGGACAUAAGUCGCUGCAUUUCGAACUUAAAUGAAGUGCCUUCAGGGCCAAGUUUCGGUUGGGAAUCCGAGACUUCUUGUCCCAAGGUUCUUGGAGAUAUCAUAGAGUCUUUGGCUGGGGCUAUACUAGUUGAUUCAGGAUACAACAAGGAGGUAGUUUUCCGGAGUAUAACGCCAUUGUUGGAGCCAUUAGUCACUCCAGAAACACUCAGGCUAGAGCCUGUGAGGGAGCUGAACGAAUUCUGUCAAAGAGAGCAAUUUGUGCUGAAGACGCCUGUUGUCUCCCGCGAUGAUGGUUUAACGUCCAUCACGAUUCAGGUGGAAGCUGAUGGUGCCAUAUUCACGCACACAUCAGCUGCCGCCGAUAAGAAGAUGGCGAAAAGACUAGCUUCCAAGGAAGUACUGAAGGCUCUGAAGGGAAUUGGCGCUCGCCUUCAUGGUGAAUGACGAGGCUUCUGGGUUUGAGUUGCACUGCUUGAUGUUAACUACAAUUAAGCAAUUUACAUCUGAUUCUUGCCAUUGUAUCCACCAUUUUUGUCAACAACUCAUCAAUUGCUUUGAUUAAUUGAAACAUGGGCACUUAAUCCUCUAGGUUUGGCAAGUUGACUGGAACAACUUAAUUUAAUAAGUGAAGUCAACUUAAUUUGACAAGUG